AUGAGAGCUACCUGCCAGGUGUUCCUGCAACAUCUUCUUUCUCUCACUUUCUUGUCAGCUGACUCGUCAUGUGUAACACGAAGAUGCCUUGCAAGUUAUCUGGUUAACCAGAACCUGGUCAGCACCCAACCCCAGUCCCCAAACUGCAGCGUGGAAGUUAAUCUGAAAGACAUCAGUUAUGAAACAGUGGCUGUUGAUACCAGCAAUCUCAUUUUCACAAGCGUUUUGAGGAUCACAAUGGACUGGAAGGAUCCAGACUUGACCUGGAACACUUCAACAUACCCAUAUGACUUGGUUGUGCUCCCAGUUGAGGACAUCUGGACACCAAGCCUCAGUGUGAAAAAUGCACUCAGCAGCACUACAGUGCCCUUCUCAUCUGACCUGGUGGUCUACAGCAAUAGUCAAGUGGAAUACUCCUUCUAUAUGCAGAUAGAUGUGGGUUGUGAGAUCAACCUCUUCCGUUACCCAUUUGCAAGUGAUUCCUGCCCAGUUUUCUUGAACGGUUGGGACACACAGGGAUGUGGCAUCAACCUCAUUUAUAGCAAUAUCACAGUGAUGAAUAAAAAUCGAGGUGACUGGCAAACAGUCUCUGUGCAGAGGAAGAUGGACCAGUCUGGUCAUGUCUAUCUCUGGGUGACUGUGAGCGUCCGGUCCUUUACACCCUUCGUGACUCUGGUUCUCCCCAGCCUGCUCAUCAUGAUGGCAGACAUUUUCAGCUUUGUGUUACCAUUUGAAGGGGGUGAACGCAACACCUUCAAAGUCACACUGGUGCUGAGCUUCGUCAUGUUCCUCCUCAUCCUCUCCAACAUCCUGCCAGGGGGAAACACCUGCAGCCCAUUGAUCCAAUACCACUUCACCAUCUGCCUCAUUCUCCUGGUGCUCAGCAUGAUGCAGUCCAUGGUGGUUUCUCGGCUGGUGGAGGAUAGCUCCUUGUUUUCAUGCAGUGUCCCCCGGUGGCUGAAAGGCAAGCGUAACAAGGACACACAGGAGGAGGACAAAGUCAACUAUCAAAAUGGUUCUGAAGAGCGUCAAAAUGCUAUCAACUUGAAUGAAACCAUCUCCAAUUUUGAGAAGGAGAGCCCAUUGGAUGCUCAUCUGAGGAAGGUGGUGAAGUUCUUGGAGAAUAUGGAGCAGCAUGACCAAGAGAAGCAGAGGAUCAGAAGUUUUGCCUACUGGGUGGAUAAAAUUUGCUUUUGGGUCUAUAUAGGUCUUCUAAUAAUCUACAUUGGGAUUAUGUGGUACAUGAUAGGAUAUUAUGUUUGUGAUGUCAACCACCUGGAUUUUUAA